AGUGCUGCAGUGAAAAGAUGAGCUGGUUAAAGCAGGACUUAGUGUUCACUUGCUUCAGUAAUUCAAGUUCUCACUUCAGUUACUUGUUACAAACAAGGACAAGGACUAAAAACAUGAUGCCUUUUGUCAGCAACCCAUGCAAAAGCCUCUGCACUGUCGGCCGUUUCCCAGUUAUUAAACUGCAGGGAGAGAACAGCUGCAAAGGAGAAUGCCACGCACCGGUUUAUACCAACUCAUGUGCAAACCCAUGUGCUAACCCGUGCACAAACCCAUCUGCAAACCCCUGGGCAAAUGCUUACGUGAACCCAUACGUAAACCCUUGUGUGAACCCAUGCAUUAACCCUUGCACUUCUCCAUAUUCUACUGCAUACUCUAGUCCAUGCUCUGUACCAUGUGCUACUCCAUAUGCUAAUCCUUAUGGCUUUAUCACUCCAUGCCAUGAUUAUGAGAAAAAGGGUGUUGUCAUUAAAGAAUACGUGGAUGAUUGCACGAGCAAGCGAGUUUGUGGAGCCGACGACGCUGUCCUCCGGGUGUCUAAAGUCGACCUGCUCAAGUGCAGGACUGGACAGAAUCGCCAGGAGCAUCACACCAACUAUUUUCUUGAUGAUCAUCUCAUUGUCCGCAGAGGACAGUGUUUCAAUAUGUGGGUUGAUCUGUGCCGUCCUUUCAAUCCCAGUUGUGACAAGGUUCACCUGGAGCUCAAACUAGGUCACAUCCCAUCCAUCAGGGACGGCACUUUGGUGAUCAUUCCAAUAGUGGAUGAAUUCAAGAAGGACUGCUGGGGGGCAAAGAUUGUGGAACAAGGACAAAACCGAAUCAAACUGUGUGUGAACUCUGUUCCGACUGCUUGCGUUGGACGAUACCAGCUCAAUGUCGUGACACAGUGUCCAGGAGGCAGAUUCACUUUACCUUAUGUUCCUGAAAAUGACAUUUACAUGUUGUUCAACCCCUGGUGUAAAGAUGACUGUGUGUACCUGAGUGAUGAGGCAGAGAGAAUUGAGUAUGUGCUGAAUAACAUGGGCAAACUCUACUAUGGAACUAAGCAGCAGAUUGCCUGCAAAACAUGGAACUUUGGUCAAUUUGAAGAGGGAGUCUUGCCUGCAUGUAUGUAUGUUUUGGAGAAGAGCUGUACCCCUUGCUCAGGAUGGGGAAGCCCAAUUAACAUUUCCAGAGUGGUGUCUGACAUGGUUAUUGCCAAAAAAGAUUGUGGUGUGCUGGUGGGUAACUGGUCAAACUGCUAUGGAGAUGGAAUUGCUCCUACAUCCUGGUGUGGCAGCAGUGCCAUCCUAAAACAAUGGCACAAAUGUGGAGGAAUACCUGUCAAAUAUGGGCAGAGCUUGGCCUUUGCUGGAGUCACCAACACAUUGUUGAGGUGUUUGGGUAUUCCUGUUCGUCCAGUCUCAAACUUCUGUUCAGCUCAUGACACUGAUGUUUGUUUGACAACUGACGUCUACUUGGAUGAGAAAUUUCAGCUGAUUGAUCACAUGAACCGUGAUUCUAUCUGGAACUACCACGUAUGGAAUGAGGCCUGGAUGACUCGGCCAGACCUGCCAACUGGUUUUGGAGGUUGGCAGGUGCUUGAUUCCACCCCUCAACUGACCAGCCAGGGCUUCUUCCGCUGCGGCCCCACCUCUGUUGCUGCGAUCCGGAGUGGACAGACCUUCCUGAAGCAUGAUGUGCCCUUCCUUUUUGCUGAAGUGAACAAUGAUAAAGUUUACUGGCAGAGGAAAUGUGAUGGAACAUUUGGUGUUGUCCACGUUGAGAAGGAUGUAGGAGGUCACUGUAUCAGCACCAAAGCUGUUGGCUCAGAUCAACGUGUAGACAUCACAAACCUCUACAAACACCCACUUGGUUCUUCUGAGAAGUGCACAGCUUUGGAAACAGCCCUUCGUCAUGGCUCCAGGAGAUGCACAUACCCACUGCCCUGUGCUGAAGAUGUUGUCUGUGAGGUCAGCCUGAAAGGGGACGGACCAUGUGUGGGCAAGGAUGCUGUGCUUUGCAUCAAUAUAAAAAACAAAUGCAGCUCACCUCGAAGCGUUACCCUCUACAGCCAGGCUGCAGCUACGUACUACACCGGAGUCAGGAAGAACUUCCUCAAGAGAGACCAGACAUGCAUUGAGCUCAAGCCCUCUGAAUGCAGACCUCUGGACUGGACCCUGACUUAUGACGAAUAUAAAGAUCACCUGGUGGAUCACGCCUCACUGAUGCUCAACCUCUUUGGACAUGUGACUCAGACUAAGCAGGUUCUGGCCACCCAGUACAGCUUCAGACUGCGCACACCAGAUCUUGUUAUCGCUCCUGUAUGUGAUGCAGUCCUGGGUCAAGAAGUGCCAGUGAAAAUAACUUUCCAGAAUCCACUGCCUCAUGUCCUGAAGAACUCUGUAUUCCGCUUUACGGGACUUGGACUGCAGCAUGCCAGAGUUGUCAACUAUGGUGACAUUGCAGGGAAUGCCACAGUGUGCCUGACAGAGAAGUUUAUACCGAAGUGUCAUGGCCCACAGCAACUUCUGGCAUCUUUUGACUGUCCCCAACUCACUCAGGUGCAUGGAUUUGCCAACAUUGUCGUCAGACAGGGCUGUUAAAUAAAUUGCAGUAAAUUGCAAAAUGAAGGAAAGGUUCAUUGGAAGAAAAUGCUUUUGACUAAAUGUUAGUGUGUGUUUCACAUGAUUGAUUUGCAAACUGAAUUAACAAUUUAGAUUGAACGGUAAACCUUGUCAUUAGAAAAGUAA